GGAAGGGGAGAGGAAGCGAAAGCGAGAGAGAGGGAGAGAGGACAGCGUUUUAUCAGCCAAGUGCAGCCUGAAUCGUGAGGAGCGGACGAUGGGGGGAAAAAUCCCUCUCCUGUUUCCUUUCCUCCAGCAUCACCUUCAUUAAGAUGUAGACCGGUGCGCGUCCAGAAACCCGGAGCCUGCUGGUCACAGGAGAAUCUUUCUUCCAACAGUUCUUAGUAAAAAACCAAACACAUUUUGGAUUUACGGCUCACUUGUUCUGAACUAAAAGGGGGCUCCUUCAUUUCUUUCUAUGCGUUUGGAGGUGUUGGACCGCAUCUGAGCUGAGUUGUUACCUCUGGAAGUGCACCAGUUUGAUUUCCAAACGCUGGAACUCUCUCCUUAUGGGGCUUUUGGGAGGACUGGACCUUAUCCUAACGGGACGUAACGCGAACAGGAAUAUAGUGUGAAGGAAGAAAUAAAAGCGCAACGAAUGGGAUUCUUCUUUAACGGGCAAUGGAGAGAGGUUGGAGAGGUGUUGAUCUGCGGCAGCAGGGAGGAACCGGGUCAGAGGAGGAACUGAGAAAAGGUGGAGGAGUUCCAGCAGGAGACUGAGGGUGGACAGGCAGCAGCUGGGUGAUACUGGAGGAGGUAUCCAGGGGCGAGGCCUAGAGAAGCAGUGAGGAUUGGGUAGUACAGAGGAGAGACCUCUCUACAUAAUCAACCCUUAAACCAAGAUCGCCACCACGCUGCUACUCCUGCGUCUACAACUCAGAAUGACAGACACUCUUCAGUGAAUGGCGGCUCCACCCCUGAGAAUUGAUGUUUGAAAAUGAGAGUGUUCAUCUUUCCUUCAGAGGAUGCUGAUGGGACCUUUUUGUGGAGUGUUUUCCAUCUAGUGAGGAAUAUUUCUCAGAUGUGCAGGAAGAAAAUGAAUGACUGCUACCGUUCCUCUGGAUGGUUGGAGCUCACUGGGUUAUAAAAAGGGCUGUUAGCAACUGCAACCGUCAUCUGCACAAGUCACCCUGGAUUUUGUUUGUGUUUGCAUCUGCAUGGCAUAAGUGGAAAAGCUUAACUGAACACAUUUUCAUUAAGGAUAAAAAACUAAGCUGAGAACUGGCAAUCAUGUCUCAGUGGAGGCACCACUCAGAAACUUGGAGUGCUCUCUUUCAGACUGCCAGGAACAGGGGCAGGAGGAUGGGAUGUGAACCAAUUAGAAGUUCACUGGGCAUGGGCUUCUGGGUGUUUACACUAACAUGGGUCGGACUGCUGCUUCUGCUGUGUCCGGUUGCUGUGUUGGCCGAGAAACUGGACGAGAAUGACCCAGUGGUCACAACCACCUACGGCAGGCUGCGCGGCAUCAAGAAGGAGCUCAACAAUGAGAUCCUGGGGCCCGUCAUCCAGUUUUUGGGCGUCCCCUAUGCCACCCCGCCCACCGGCGAGCGCCGUUUCCAGCCUCCAGAGAUGCCAGCAUCGUGGUCAGACAUUCACAAUGCCACGCACUUUGCCCCGGUGUGUCCUCAGAGCAUUGUGGAGGGCCGCCUGCCAGACGUUAUGCUGCCAGUUUGGUUCACCAACAGCAUCGAUGUGGUGUCCACUUACGUUCAGGACCAGAGCGAGGACUGCCUCUAUCUCAACAUCUAUGUUCCCACUGAGGAUGGUCCCCUUACAAAGAAACACACUGAUGAUUUAAGUGAUAGUGACCGCACGGAUGAUGAAGAUAUAAGGGAGAGUGGAAGCCCCAAGCCGGUGAUGGUUUUUAUCCACGGGGGUUCUUACAUGGAAGGAACUGGAAAUAUGUUUGACGGCAGCAUCCUAGCCAGCUAUGGGAACGUCAUCGUUAUUACAGUCAACUACCGCCUGGGCGUCCUAGGGUUCCUGAGUACAGGUGACCAAGCAGCCAAAGGGAACUAUGGUUUGUUGGAUCAGAUCCAGGCUUUGCGUUGGACCAGUGAGAACAUAGCAGCAUUUGGUGGUGACCCGCUACGCAUCACCGUGUUUGGCUCGGGUGCUGGGGCAUCAUGUGUAAAUCUCCUCACUCUGUCUCACUAUUCAGAGGGCAACCGCUGGAGCAACUCCACUAAAGGUCUUUUUCAGAGGGCCAUUGCCCAGAGUGGGACAGCUCUGUCCAGCUGGGCUGUCAGUUUCCAGCCAGCCAAAUAUGCACGGAUGCUGGCCCGUAAGGUGGGCUGUAACCUGGAGGACACAGUGGAACUUGUGGUGUGCCUGCAAAGAAAACAUUACAAGGAGCUUGUAGAUCAAGACAUCCAGCCAGCCCGCUACCACAUUGCCUUUGGCCCAGUCAUUGAUGGAGAUGUAAUACCCGAUGACCCUCAGAUACUGAUGGAGCAAGGUGAGUUUCUCAACUAUGACAUAAUGCUGGGAGUGAACCAGGGUGAAGGCCUAAAGUUUGUGGAGCUCAUCGUUGACAAUGACAAUGGUGUCCAGGCCAAUGACUUUGACUAUGCAGUGUCCAGCUUUGUUGAUGACCUUUAUGGUUACCCAGAGGGUAAAGAUAUUCUGCGUGAGACCAUCAAGUUUAUGUACACGGACUGGGCCGACAGGCACAACCCGGAGACCCGGCGGAAGACUUUGCUGGCCCUGUUUACUGAUCACCAGUGGGUAGCCCCGGCUGUAGCAACAGCUGAUCUGCACUCAAGUUUUGGGUCGCCAACAUACUUUUAUGCCUUCUACCAUCACUGUCAGACAGAACAGGUACCACCGUGGGCAGACGCAGCGCAUGGUGAUGAGAUCCCAUAUGUGUUUGGGCUGCCGAUGAUUGGGCCGACAGAGCUGUUUCCAUGCAACUUCUCCAAGAAUGAUGUGAUGCUGAGUGCUGUUGUCAUGACCUACUGGACAAAUUUUGCCAAGACCGGGGACCCAAACCAACCUGUACCACAAGACACCAAGUUCAUCCACACAAAGCCCAAUCGCUUUGAAGAAGUGGCGUGGACACGCUACAACCAGAAGGACCAGCUCUACCUGCACAUCGGCCUGAAGCCUCGGGUCAAAGAGCACUACCGGGCAAACAAGGUCAACCUAUGGUUGGAGCUGGUUCCUCAUCUACACAGCCUCAAUGAGGUCACCCCACUCAUCCCUACCACUACCAAGAUUCCUCCUCCGGAAGCCACUAACCGCACACCAAAGACCAAAGUUCUGGUAACCAAGCGCCCAAACCCAACUCCGUUCCCCACUGAGACACAAGGCAGCCACAACCAGCCUCACCUGGUGGACCAGCGGGACUACUCCACAGAACUUUCGGUGACUAUUGCUGUCGGAGCUUCUUUGCUUUUCCUCAACAUCCUGGCCUUUGCUGCUCUUUACUAUAAAAAGGACAAGCGGCGGCAUGACGUCCACCGGCGCUGCAGCCCCCAGCGGAGCGCCGCCAACGACCUGGCUCACACUCAGGAGGAGGAGAUCAUGUCUCUGCAGAUGAAGCAGCACUCUGACCUGGACAGGGACUGCAGAGGGGUGGGGGACUCCCUCCACCCACAUGACAUGGUCCUAAGGACUGCCUGCCCCCCAGACUACACCCUGGCUAUGAGGCGCUCGCCAGAUGACAUCCCGCUCAUGACACCAAACACCAUAACCAUGAUCCCCAGCACCAUGGGAGGCCUCACCUCACUCCACUCCUUUAACACAUAUCCCAGCAGUGGGCAGAACAACAGUCUGCCUCAUCCGCACCCACACUCACACUCCACCACCCGGGUAUAGCCCAGUGGAUGGACCCGUACAGGCAGGACUCUGGCGGCUCAGGCAACAAGCUAACUGCAGCGCUGCAGCGGAGAGUUCAGUCCGACCUGCUGAAAAACAGACCUUUCAGGAGUUAAACCGCCGGCCCGGAGAUGCCAAACACAGAUGGAAUUACACUGGAAUUAUACCACAUUCUGUUAAUACCGGAGGAAAUAUGAUAAAAGGUUUCAGAUGCUUUGGAUCAAAGGAUCAAAACAUAAUAAUAUUAGUAAUUAUGGUUUCGUAGAAAAAAAAAUGGAAAGACAUGAGGGGGCAUAAAAGUUAUAGCAGAACAACGUCUCACAACCUGAAACAUUUGAGAAAGAUAUUUUUUAUCAUUAUUUUUUGUUCUGGUAUUACAGCAACAAAAAGGAACAGUGAAACACUUUUUCUCUCUAGCGACAGCUAUGGCCUUCGGGAUUUUCUGACAAACGACUGCUUGACAGUAUUAUCUGGAAGCAGCGCGGAGCAUCAGACACGCCUUGGAGGUGAGAAGAGGGGAGCACUUUGUAAAGGAAAGAAAACAUAUUGUUUUCCUUUGGCAUUACUCUGCAGAACACUCUGUUUGUGGGGCACAAAGUAGACGCCGUGCAAACCAAUCGAGGCAUGUCUGAGGGUCGUAAACGGAGGCUGUGUAAGAUAAGCCAAAAGCAGCAGAGUAAACCGAAGGACUGAAAACUUUAAGAUAAAGCGACCCUGUAUGCACAACAGAACCAUUUUGAGGAGAAAAAAAAUAUCUUGCAAAUACUUUUCAUCCUUUUAUUUUUGAUUGAAACAAUUUUAUUGUAUAGGACCUAUUUACAUAUCUAAGCACCAAGGCUGUUUAAGCCCACUUCUCUUGGGCGGGGUGUUCACACUGCAACCUGCUAGUCGGACCGGGACGUAGGAAGAGAGAACGCACCGAGCGGCUUUCUGGCAGUUCCAACUUCAACACAGAGAGCUGGGGGGACAAAGGAUAAUUGGGAUAUUUUAGCACGAUGCGCAUGACAAUUUACCUGCUUGAUGGCUGCUCUGCUGAUUAUGUCAUUAAUAAGAAUAAUGUUCACCCUGUUCUUUGUGUUGGAGAGAUUCAAGACCUAUUUCCUUAUUGGAUUACUAGAAAACACAAUGCUCUCACGGAACCUUGGGAAAUGCAGUCCCGGUUUGUGGCCUGGUUUGUGGAUGUCACUGGAUGGAUUUAGAUAGUAAAACAAAACAAAAAAAUUUGGGGGUGGGUAAAGAUUUCUUGCAUAACAUAAUAUAGCUUGAGUGGGCUGGACGUAUAAGGACUAGUUUUGUACUCUAUGUGUUGGUACUACUUUUUGAUAGUGGGUAAAUCGCAUUACAUUGUAUCAAUCAAACCCAUUGUACCUUCAGUUGAAAUCAAUGUUUUUUGCUGUUCUACCUAUUGAAGAACCGGACCGGACCGUAUCAAAGUAAUUACCUGCACUGUUUAUUCCAUUGACCUCUCGUCACCCCAAUGCCCCCCAAAAAAUCGACACUUCAAGAUAAAAAAGUAACACGGUGGACCCAAUUGGUAAGGAAAAUGGAGGGUGAAAUGAUUGAAAAAUAUAAAGAAGAAUUCCAUCUCCAGGCGAUGUAGAUUUGCUAAUGAUUUAUCCAACAAAGCUCUGAACUCCAGAGCUACUUAAACAUGACUGCCUAUAGAUGUUUAAUUCAAGAUAAAAGCCAGACAGAUCACACGGGGUGGGAGUCGACGGAAAUGCACAGCAGGAGCCUGAGAGGAAGAGCGAGUAUCAGGCUGGGUCAAUUCCCACGAUGCACUUUUUAUGUAGUUUUCAUCAUUAGCCAAGUUGAAUCAAGUUAGGUGGUGCUUUGUGUUGGAGAGAUGUCGGUGUGUCUGCCAGUAAAGCAGGAUGAUCAAAAGCAAAAAGUCUUACCUCUUCAACUUAAUGUCUUUUUUUGCUUUUUUUCCUAUAUACACACACAGUGCUGUGCUCCAAAUGUCUGCCAUGGUGUCAGGGUUGAUAAAAGGUACCCACUUCUUUAAAAGGGCAGCUCAGGUUCUGUUAAAAGCUUAUACGCAGUUAAUGUUUUAUGCACAGCACAUGAAUCUCUUACCCUCUUAAUUAAGCAUGAACCAAAAUGAAGAGCCUGACGCUGAUGGUUGAUCCAAAAGGAGCCAAGACCGAGGUGGACAUCUACUGUCCUAACACAACCCUAAUCUAGAAAACGUCACAACAGUUCAAUAGUGGAUAUUUAUGUAAACAGAAGCCAGUAGAUACGUUUCCAUCCAAAUAUCAUGCAUAUUUUAAGCAAACUUUCAAAAUGUUGCUGACUAAAAAAGACAAAGGAAAAGCAAAUUAGGUGUGUUUGCUUUUUCUGGUUCGCAGGUUGUGUAGCCUGGUUGUGAUUCCAUAAGAUGUUGAUGACACAUGUAACAAACAGAAAGUAGAAGUUGAAAACUAGCAUGGACCACACAUCUUAGAGAAAUGAACCGAGGCUUUCAGGAGUUUGCUGCUAUCGGACAAGUUCUAAUUGUUCUGUAAUGCCAACUAGCAUUGGUGAUGUUGCAAUUCUAAUGCACAAUGACAGCAGAAACAGCUGAUCAGUCCUGUGAGGGAAAUGUUUGCUACAUCUGAACUUAUUCAACAAAUGUGUCUCCUUCUCUCCUUUUGCCCAUUAACUCAGAAAAGCCAAAAGCCACAUUUAGUCGUUUCAGUCAACCUUUUAAAUGAAAUACUUCAAAAUUCACAUAAAAAAUGGUUGCUGUAAUCACAGCCUGUGAUUGUUUACACAGUAAAUGGAGUUGGGAUGGUUUGUACACGUGAAAAUCACUGAGCACCAAACAUCUGAUUUGUGACUGGUCAGAGUCCUGAUCUGAAAGUAAAUCAGUGUGAAAACCAGCAGACUUGUAUGAUUUUUACCUUUCACAGUAAUUCAUGUUUUUUUUCUUUUUUGACUUUAUUUUAAGAACAUAGAAGCAGAAGUCUGUGUUGGUCUUGGUAGCUCUCAGGACGUUUUCAACUUUCUGAACCAGCUAAUCUGCACGUCUAUUAAUUGAAGACACCAAGAAAGUUUCUAACUGCAAUUGGAUUUUUAUUCCUUCCUUUUGGAAUAAGUUUAAUCUUUUUAAAAUUUUACUUGCUGUUUUUCAUCGUGUUUAGUGUUUCUAUUUUCCAUUUGUCCAUCUUGAGGUUGCUGCUUUGUAUUUUGAGUUCCCGUAAGGAUAAUUUAAUCAACCUUUUAGUAACUAUUCUCUUUCUAAUCUUAAGGUUUCUUGGAAUAGGUAUGACGUACAUUCAAAAUGUUUUGGCUUAACUGACUAGCCGACUUUCAGGUAAAUAAAAAAACAAAACAAAAAAAAACGAUGGUUUCUGUUUGCUGAGUCACUUCCAUGAAGGCCAUCAGCUGAUCUGUGACCGACAAUAACUUCACCGUCUUUUUCUUCAAAUGAUAUUCUUAGCUACUGAAAGAGCUAUUCAUGAAAAUCACCACAUUACUCUGUAUGUACUAUUUUUAUUACCAAUAUAUCUACUGUCUUAGAGAAUUUAUGUUUGCCUAUGUUUCUUUUCUAGAUACAGUCACCAAAGGAGCUAAUCCUGCCAUUAACUUGGUUCUCAGAUUAAACUGGAGCAUUGAGUUUGAACUUGUCUGUAUGAUUGGAUGGGAUUGAAUUGACAAUAUGUUUGUAUAAAGAACUAUAUAUUCCUCUUGUAAAGUCCAUUGAGAGAGCAUGUGUUGUAAAUCAGGCCAAAACAUUCUGAACUGAAUCCUGAUACUAAGAGAUCCACAAGGAUUCAAAAUCAGUGAUCAGUCGACCAGUCAGCCUUGAGCUAAAUUGUAUUUAAAGAUUUCUUUAUAUGAAAUGUUUUCUUUUAAGAUAACUUUGCUCAAAAGGGUUAAACAUAUUUAUUAUAAUAGUUUUAGUUAGCAGAGCUGUUACAAGUUCAUUUAAUAAAUAUCUCUGGCUAUUUUCUUGACAUCCAGAUUGUGAGGAAUUACGGAGGAGCUUGUUUCUGGGUUCAGGUUUAUCACCAUUCAUUUGUUGCAGUUUAAAUUCCUGAGACAUCAAGAGUUCCAGAGUGAGCAGAGUUUCCACCCGAAACGCAGCGCUCCCCCUCCCCAACAUGUUUCUUCAUGCCAUUUAGCCAGCCGCCUAAAUGAAGGGAAUUCUCCAAAAGUUUGUUUUAAAAAACACAUGUUUAUCUUAAUUUUUCUUGGAUUGUUUGUUUUGGAAGGCAUCUUAGUAAAAAAAAAAAAAAACAUCAGGACUCUGCAUGUCUGUUGUUAAAGAAAAAAACUAACAAAACUGACCAAACAAAAGAAACUGGAUGUUGCAGUCUCAAUAAUCUGACAAGGUAACCAGGUAAUACCAUCUGUUCAUCCUUCUAGUCUCUUUUCAAGAAGCUCAGAAUCACAUAAUCCACAGAAACUUAACACAAACAGGAAGAAAAUCUGCUUUUGGUCAUUUAAUUUCAAGCUGUUGCUAUGAUUCUUGCCUACCUAUCUUUUGAUGAUGUAAAGCCUGUUUUCUCUUUAAACUGAAAUAUUUGAAGGAAAUUAUAAAAUAUUUGAGAGUUUCACAGACAAGUUGAGCAUGGGGUAAAAGUAUUUUGACAUUGUAGAACGAUAGAAACAGGCAUUUUGGUUGUGAUGAAGACUAGCAACACCAGAACCAACAGGAUGAUCCCAAGUGUCCAGUGGGGUUAAAGACUGCAGGCAGCCAGUCUAAUCCUCUCCACUUCCAAAUUCUGGAGCCGGUCUCUGAAAAGGAUGGCUCUGUAGGGUAGAGCAUUGUCAUCUUAGCAUGUUGAGUUUGGACCAAGUCUGAGGAGAAAUUGGACCACUACGGUUGUUAGGUCUUACCUCAGUUUCUCUCUGCAUUCAGAAUGAUAAUAUGGUGUCUUGUACCAUCAGUACACUGUUUCCUUUACAAACAACUCGGCUCCAGCAGAGUGGAUUUUAACGGGAACAGGCCAUCGCUGUUCAGCUGAUCAACCUGCAAAUGGAUUUUUCUUCAAAAUGUAAAGGGAAAUACACAAGAUUUAUUGCCAAAAGUACUGGUAGAGCAAAGUCAUAAUCAACCAAAUACAGAUUUCACUCCAUUUUGUGUUAAGUUUAGUAUUUUGCACAACCAGUAGGCUUAAUGUAUAACUGCAGCUAAAUCUAGCUGGUCUAGAAUGAGGUGCCGUUUGUUGCUCAGUCAAAAAUGAACAGGUUUUUAGUGCAUCAUAGGAGACAAAAUUAUGAGUUCAAUUUUCAAAGUCAUAUUUUCGACAUAUUAUAUAAAUGUCACAGUCCAGUUCAAAAUAAAUAUUGAAUUGGCAAGCUGCAAAUUUAGUUUCAAACUAAAUAUUUAGUUAAUGAGCUAAAUAUUCAACCUGCCAUCUAAAUAUUUAGUUUGCUAACUGAAUAUUUACAAAGCUCAUUUGCUAGCUAAAAAUAUUUAGUUUUUUUCAGUAAAUAUAAAUUUGUGUGGAGCAAAAUUUAAUUCAACUAAUUGUUUACUUAGGAUGCUAAAUAUUUAGACUGCUAACUAAAGAUCCUGCAGCUCCUUCAGGGCUCUCAAGACUGCUGAGGCUUAGGACAACAUUUUAGAAAGUUAAGAUGUUAAUGAAACAGAUAAAUAAACUGAAAAAAAUAAAGUGACUUACAAACACUCACUGUAUUAUACAUGAUACACUUUUCCAGCUGAGUUCAUCCAGUAUUUGCUUAGAUUUUUACAGAGGCAGACAUGUCGAUGACUAGUGGAGACCAAACCUUUGCACAGCACUGUUUGGAUAGAGAGGAAGAUGCGGGGCCUCACAGCCUGUUUUUAGUUGAUGUUGAAGAGCCGUUGCACUUCUUUCCAGGGAUUGUUGUCUUUCUCAUCUUUCCCAUCAAGCUGGAAGCUUGGACUGCUUAACAAACCGGCUCCCAUUGCAUCUGUACCAUCUUCAGUAUCCCUCCUUCUGUGAGGGUGCCUGCUAACGUCUUUAGGUCACUGAAGCCUCAGCAUCUAACAAUGUUAGCCACUGAGAAGGAAUGAGUCAUCCAGCCAAGCAGACUGCAGUCAAAUCCCAUGGCUUACAAGGUUUGAGUCACUGCGGGGGCAAAGUGGUGAUUUUCAAAACACACAGUGAAAGGAAUGCCACAGAUACCCUGCGCUCCGAUACAAAAAUCUGGAUGCUGGCACAGAGAGGCUGCUUGUUAGGCUCAAAUGCUUGUCUCCCUGUUUUCUUUCACUAAAACGUGGACAUGUGGAGGCCUCUGUAGUGAGAAUACAUCCUGCCCCUCUUGGCUCUCUCUCAAGCACUAUGCAGCUCUUUAAAAUAAUGAAUACAGAUUGCUGUUGCAGCACCCACCUGCAUGCAAGGUUAAAUUCUGACAUAUUGUAGGAAAUGGUUUUUAUUUCCAUAAAAAAAAUGAAAACAACCUCAAAUUAAAACUGAUGCUAAAUUGUUUGAGCACAUUGGUUUGUGUUCAGCAUAUUUCCUGCUUGCAAAUUGAACUGAUUCCAUGUAGUGUGACAUAAUAUUUAUUAGGCCCACAAACAUCACCAUGAGCUUAUGUUUGUAAUUCCAUUACUGUGAUUUAUUUAGAAGAUGUGCCAGAGACCCUUCAACAAUGAAACACUAAGUGGUCAGCUUUCUGUUGUUUCCACCGCAAGACAACAACAAGAUAAACAAAGUAAUAAAACACAACCUAUCAGCACAUAAUUCCAAUAAAACAACAUGGCAUUGUUAGGUCAGAAAACUAUUAGCCCAAUGUGAGCAGGCAUCGCAUCGGAUUUGGAAACAACAGUGGUAACUGUUAUUGAAAAGUUAAAUACCUCCAUUAUGUGUUUUUUCCAAGCCAUGAAGCACUUUUUCAUUUUCUUUAAAUAAACAUCUUCAGCCAAUUUUUACUGCUCUCUGCAGCUCUGGAGGGUUACAUCAUUAAGAAACCCUUGUAAAGCAGGAAUGAAAGGAUGACCUGAAAGGGUCACCAUGGGAACAUGACAGUGAUUGAAAUUCAAAUGACUAAACUGCUUCUAUCAAUCACUAGCAUGACCUUAGCUAACACAAUGAGCAUCACAGUUGAGAAAAUUAUAAAUUCUUUGGUCUUAAAAUUUUAAUUCAAAUUCUUAUUGUUCUUCACACCUGCUUUAUUUUCCACUUAUGAACAUCAACAAGUCACAGUCUGUUCAUCUGUUUUAUGGUCACAGACCUUUUAGUGAAGUCAGUCAUAUUCCUGCGUUGUACCAAAUAUUCAAGCAUUGAUUUGGUGCAGAGUACUUUAGAUCACUUCAUCACCGACUUACUUUCUCUUCGGGCUCUACAAAAAUGUACAUAUAAACAAAUACAUGAAUUAAUUCAUUUAAAAAGCAAUAAAAAUGCACCCUGGAUGGACGUGGUGACUGACUAUGAUCAGAUUACUUUGCCUGGUGACAGCUAAUUAGGAAAUCAUUUGUUGUCUUUAAAGACCUGCUUUUUUGUCAUAUUACAAAACACGAAAAUUGAGAAGUUGAUAUAUUUAUAUACACAUCAUUUCAUUUUCCUUUACUAAAAGGCAUUGGAUUUUUUAUUUUAUCUAUUCUGUAGAUCCUCACAGGGACUGGGACACUGCAUUAUCACUGGAGGACUAAAGGUCAUCCACUGAAUUAAGCAUGUAAUUGCAGUAAUGGGUAAAUAGUCAAGCAUGUACAGAGCCAUACUAAGUAGCUGACAGUUCAGGAUGAAUUCCUAUUUAUAACUUUAUAUGCAAGGCCCUAAAUAUUACCACAAAUUUGCUGGUCAGGCCCUGACAUAUUUCAGUUUUUGACAUUACAAAUGUGUCCUGGCAACUGAUAACACAACAUAACUUAUAGGUAGUAAUUACAUACAAAUAAAAAUAUAUUUUCCCCAGAAAAAAUUUAAAACUUACAAAGAAGCUAAGAGAAUUGAAAAUUAGUGAAAUAUCAGUUAUUUCAAUCAUUUAGCAAUCUGUUUUUAUUUAGAUGAGAAAUGACAUGAAGAAGCAUUAUAUGUGUCAUUAAAGAAAACAUGAAACUUUAAAAAGUGAGGCACCAGGUGAAAUUUCUGAUCAUAAAUUUUAGACCUGGGUAUAAAUAUUGAUGUUACUAGUGAUGUUACUCGAAAUGAACACCAGCAGAACAGAAAAACAAAACUUUGUUGCAAAAUAGAUUAAAACUAGAACUAGCUGCAAAUGUUUGAACAACCAAAGCUGGGAGGAGUUUAACAGGCAUGCUGGUUCAAUUUCUGGUUUAUAGUUGUGUCCUUGAGCAAGACAUUUCACUCACCUUGCCUGCAGGUGUUGGUCAGAGGGCCCGGUGGCAGCCUCUCUGUUAGACAGCCCCAGGUCAGCUGUGGCUACUCUCCAGUAGCUUUCCACCAUCAGUGUAUGAAGGGGUGAAUGACUGAGUGUAGGGUGAAUUGGUUAGCCCCUGCUCUGGAUAAUGGUGGCAUUAAUAGCAGGUGACUGGAUUAAAGGCAUAACUGGCUAACAAAGGCAUAGCAACUAUAAGGCACUUCUAAAAUCUGAACGCAAAAUGAAGUUUUCUGACAAAUUCCUCAAAUGUAUCUAUAAAUAGUCGGUCAGUCUGUUUUACCUGCUUGUCAAUUUGCUUUUGGUUGUUUGUCAUUGUCAUUUUAACUAUCAAAAUGUAUAUUCUACCUCAUAAACCAUUCAUCCAUAUUUUCUUUUCCUCCUAAUUAAUUUCGUGUCUUCUUUAAAUGUAACAAGAUUGCUAGUCUAGAGUUAAAAAUUGGUUUAAACAGUUCCUUUGACCUCUGCACUUGACAUUCCUCUAACUGUGCUAACUGUGAGUUUCAUACAACAGUUAGCAUAGAAAUCAACAAAGCUGGGCUUUCACAUGAAAACUCUGCUGAUCAGUCCCUGCUCAUAACAUCCACAGUGUGUGCUUUGUUUAGCUAUUAAUUAUAUGAAAACUAAAUCAUACUGUCAUGCUUUAAGUAAGGGCUAGAAGUGACUAAGGCUAACAAAAGUUAGUCAAAAUGCAUACAAAAAUUCCUUUAUCUCAUUUUUUUUGUGAAAUGGUGAAAAAAUUAUGUAUAAUUUUAAAAAUAUCAAUCUGAUUUUAAGACAUUUUACCUUUUAAUUUUUUAAUAUUAUAGUUGAUAUUCUUGGUGGAAGUUUCAAGAAAGAACAUUUGGAUUUAUUCCUUUCAUUUAGCCUGGAUGGCAGGCAGUAAAACGUAAAUAUUAAAACAUGUUCAGUCAGUACAAUAGCUGCCCAAAUAUAUCACCAAUCAUAAAUCUGUUUUUGUAAGAGUCUGAACAACAACACUGCUGUUGGUCUGUAAGCUGCAGCGAGUUCAUCUUUACCAAUUAUCCAAGGACUUUCCUGGCAUCAGACUGAAAACUUUGGAUAGACAUAUAGAUUAUCAUAACUGUUUGCUGGAACUCUGUUUCCUGGAAAAUCUUUUAACAACCCCACUUUAAAUAAAGCAGGUUUUACAACUACUUUUUGAUGGAGACAUUAGGCCUUUGAACUCAUGUCUAACAGUUAAACCCAGCCGUUUCAUUAAAUGAGCAAAUAAAUCUGAAAUGAGUUAAAAAUUUCAUUACAGCUAUUAACUUGUGGCAUUUUUAUAGAUAAUAUUAGGAGUUAGAAAGCUUUUCAUUUUUCAUUUUCUUCUGGUGACGCAUGUGCUUAAAUUUAACCUUUUUAACUUGUUUGUUUUGGAUUCAGCCCCUAGUUAAAAAAAAAAAAUUGUAUUUUCAGAAAAUGUUAUGAUCAUGAACAGAAUGCUUUUGUGGUUUUAAUUGGAUUUCUUUUCUUUCCCCUUCAGAAGAUGGCAACCCCACAAUGUCGAAGUAUAGUUCUAUUUUUGUUUGUCUUGUUUUGCUGCAUUCAUUUUGAACUAAAUGAAUUAAUUUGCAACAUUCUGCUUUAUUUUCCAUGGUCAAAAAACAGAGCCUUGUAAACAUUGUAAUAACAACUGCUUAUUUAAGCCAUGUGUUUCAUUUCUUUUUGUGGGUUGUGAUUUCAUAUUUACUGGUUGCUGUGUUUCCAAAAUUACAUCCAGCUAGUCUGACUUUGGAUUUAAAGGUGUUGCAUUUGAAGCAGCGCCUCUUUCAGAGCCCCAUGUCCAGAAUGCAGAUAUAAUCCUAGAAUGCCUGAGAGAUGAGAAUGACUCCAAUCCAGUGUCACCCUCCAUAAAACACAGAUUUUCAGUCACUUUCAAGGGGAGCUUCUAAAACAAACAAAACUCAAUGACGUUGCAUCAGCUGUUUCCUUCGAGCCCCAUCAUGUGUAGGUUUAAUGAGACAGAAUAGCAGGAGACAAAAGGCUCACAGUUGGGAUCUAAGGACACUUAAAAAACCCUGUUCUAGGGGGAUGCUUCACUUUUGUUCUAGUGUAAAUCUACCCUGACCAUGGCCAACACUCAGCCUGUGUCAAAGCAAAUGGAAGGGGAAGAGAGAACACUGCGAAUGAAUGUAGAGCAACGUGCCAUUUUCUGACCUCAGUUCACAGCAACAGUCAAAACCUCAGCUACAUCCUUGGAGGUUUUUUCUAACAGUCUUAAAGCUAUGGAGAGGUUUGUUCUUCAAAUGCCAUGUGAGAUGUGGGGAACCAUGUGAGCAGGUCUGGCAUUUGUAUUGUAGAAUUUUUGUCACUUGUCUUUCUUUCUGGUUAAAUAGUCUUACUCUUCUGGAGCACAAUAAAUGAUUUUAAUAUGCUGA